AUGUUCCAGCACCACAUCAUCUUCGGCAUGGAGAACAUGGACGUCGGCGACGCCGUGCCGACGUGGAUCAUGUCCGCGUAUACUUUUCUCGUUUCGGGACCUCUAGCAGCGCAGAUUGCGCAGACGCAGCCGAGCCCGUACGAUAUGCAUAUAAUCAUUGCCGGUCUUUCGGGACAGGGGUUGGGGUGGAUGUUGGCGCUGCUCAUGUAUAGCGUGCGUUUUUCUCGAUUGAUACGCCUCGACAUGCCCAGUCCCAGUGUGAGGCCGGGCAUGUAUGUCAGUUUAGGGCUGGCGGCUUAUACGUGUGCGGGAUUGUUGGCGCUGGGAAAUCAGGGAAAAGAAAAGGUGCCGCAGGGUUAUAUGGGGAUUACGUCGUUAGAUUUCUCGGGACUGACGACGCUGUCGGCUCUACGUAAGGCGAGGUACAUGAGGUUCAGUCUCCAGUGGUGGGCGUUUGUGGUCUCGAAUGCGGGUCUGGCGAUUGCUACGAACUGA